GCAUCGAGGUCAGCACAAACAUACGCACGCACGCCGCUGGCACUCCGGCGAGCUGUUUGAGAUGUGUGCUGCCGAACAUCGGGCGCUGUUGGAGAGCAUGCUAUCCUGUCCUUUCUAGUGCGCAAACGUAAUUAUGGAAGCGUGUGCCCCUGCUUACUGUAUUGGUGUAGUUACUUACGCUUAAGUUGUGCUCGUAGUCGGUGCGAUGGAGGUGUAUAUUUGGAAAGGUGACUGGGGCCUGCCCAGCAUCGACACUGCGUGCCUGGAAGUCAUGGCGUACGCAAAAUUUUCCGGGGCGCCACUGAAAACUAGAGAAGUCCGUCGACCCUGGUUCGGAUCGUUGCCGGUGAUGCGGCAUGGACCUGAGACGAAGCUCACGAAGUUUCAAGAUGUCGUGGCCUACCUCCGAAAACAGAAUUACAGCGCGGAUGUACAGUUGACGCCACAACAAGCUUCAGAUGCAAAGGCUUACAUUGCCAUGCUGAGACAAAAACUCAAACCCGCUUUGCUCUACCAGUGGUGGGUCGAUGCCCAGAACUAUGUGGAGCUGACAAGGCCCUGGUACGCUAAGGCGCUCGGCUUUCCUUUUAACUACAUAAUCCCUGGACAGAUGCAGCGUGCCGCCACUGCUGUCCUCAACUCAAAGCUGCAGGGCUUUGACCUUGAAGGUGACCAGGCACAGAUUGCGCUUUUCAAGGAAGCACAAGAGUGCAUGACCACACUAUCUCAGCGGCUUGGAAAAGAACCAUUUUUCUUUGGCCAGAGCCCCACUUCAUUGGACGCCAUUGUGUUUGCCCACCUGGCUCCUUUGCUGCGUGCACCAUUUCCAAGCUGCGCCUUGCAGAACCACCUCAAGGCAUGUGACAACCUGGCGGCAUUUGUUACCAGAAUUAUGCUGCGGUACUUCUCUGUCAAAGAUACCGGUAGUGGAGACUCAGUAGCCUCAAAGGCAUCGACAGAGGAGUUCUCCUUCUCGUGGCUCAACUCACUGAUAUCAGUCGGUGUGGCCACAGUCGCCAUGCUUUCGUAUGCUCUGCUGUCAGGGCUUGUACAAGUCGAAUACACGGAAGAAGAACCGCCGCCCAUGGACAGCAGAGACAAGGUGACGAAACGUGCUUCAGAUUGACAGUACUCGUACGAAGUGCAUCACGUAGUGCAGUGGUGUCCAGCGCUGUGCAGGAUCCUGGUGCAGGUUUGCGUUGGAAUGACUUGUCAAGCAUCAGUUCACCGUACUGCCAAGCUGACAUAAAUGACCUGCAAUGCUUGUGAAGAGACAUCGCAGCACGCAUGAAGCACAGAUAAUUUGUGUGUGUGUGGGAGCCAUUUGCCUUGGAACGAUGCCUAAGAGUACGUGGCUUCAUUUGAUCCACAGAAGUACACCAGUGAGAGGUAUUUGCUAAUGCCAACUACAACAGUGCAAGGAACUUUGUUAGUGUGUAAAGAGUGUAGAUGUGUAGGUAACAACGAGCAAGAAAUUUCUAGUUUUAAAGCAUACCGAGAAAUUUCUUUGGAAUACUACAAGAAUCGACAAAUAGUGUAAACUGUGGAGGAUGCCAAUUGGAAUUGGUACAAGACCAUGAUAAAAAAUGUGAACACUACAUGAAAAACAAGAUGGUGUGCAAAAUGUUGGCUGUUUUAUGUUCAAUAAGCAAAAUACUUUUUGACUAUUGUAUCAGAAGAAUGUGUUGUUGCAGCAUAAAUAUGUGUGCUGUCUCUGAAUGCACAAGCAGCUAGCUAUAUCCAUUGCAAAGAUGUUCUUUUAAUUGACAACAUUGCUAAAUUGUUUCUUAAUGGGCAUUGAAAGUCAAUGCAUUUGAGAAAAGGCAUUAACUUACCUGAAGCUUUAGUGAUUUGACUCGCACUUAUGGUGACCUCCACAUAUCAUUUUGGAACGGCUACCCAAAUCCUUGACCAUGUGCUCAGAUUUUGUACAUGUAUAUCUGCUGGAGAACAUACCAAGCACCAGAACUUGAACCCGUACCUCAACAGAAGAGCAAAAGAGAUAGCGAUCUACUAUGGAGCGUUGAUUGUGGAGCAAAAUUUCAACCCCCUCUGACUCAACUUAGUGGAAAACAAGGUCUUCAACACGGAGCAAGAAAAGUAUCUUCUAAUAUACCAGUGAAAUUUAUUUCUAGCCUUUGCACUGCAGAGAAGAAAUGGCCAAACUGAUAUGUUGCACAGCAAUUCCGCUGCUCUACUUUGCAGCUGAAUAGAAGCAAAAAGAUGCUGUCUUUGAGCCAUAAAACCUUUUUACUGUUCCUGCAGUGGCUAUUUCACUAGCAGAAAAACUUGUACUUUCACUGUAUAUUUACAUGUUGCAGUAGAAGCUGCAUGAUUUAUCAUAGACCUCAAUAUUUGGGUUCUACUCCAUUCUUGUUGACGGUGCAUCCAGCAAUUCUGUAGUCUUCUUUCUGGGGUUUUACGUGCCAAAACCAGUUCUGAUUAUGAGGCACGCCGUAGUGGAGGGCUCCGGAUUAAUUUUGUAGUCAGCUUGAAACUACAUAGUUUUUGUCUCUUCAGUGUUUUUGUUGGUGCCAGGGAGUAGUGUAUAGCUUUUUAACCAAACUCUGCAAGCAACUGGCAACAGUGUGCGGUUGGACAAAUAUUAGAAUUUGCUAGCCAAGAGACAGUGGUGGCUUUGGGGCAUUAUGAGAUUGACAUGUCCUUUUGAUCAUGAAUAGGGCAAGUUUAAAAGGAAGGUAAAAUAGCAAAAUUUCGUUCUAAGCAGUAUUCUGGUAAACCCAAGGAGACACUUAAGACAGCUAUAGUGAUGUGAAAAAUUCAUCCGUAUGCAACAAAAGUUAAUAGAACACACACAUGAAAAUGAAAAAAAAAAAAAAGCUUUUUACUCUUAAUUGUGGCAUUUUUAUUUAGGUUCAUAACCUAAAAAAGUGGAUGCAAAUAGUGUGUGGAUUUCUGUGAAAUGCCGCUAAUUUUUUACUUUUGUGUCUAACAUAGCUUGUUACACUGCGUCCACUACAACUACACAUCCCUGUGUUACUAAUAGUAGUAAAUGGAUUAUUUGCAUUUCCGACCUGGUUAAAGCAUACAAAUUUACAUAGCCCAACAAGUGCAAACGCUUACCCCUAUUUCUUCUAUGUUUUUAUUGCAAACUGCCAUGACAUGCCUUCCCAUCUUAUUUCCUUCCAUCUGUAUCCUUUGUUCUUUUUCCACUAGACCCACUUUGUGGUUUGGGCCUGAUGCAGCAUAAGUUGGUACCAUGCUGUCACCUGUUGCAGAUUAACCUUUGGAAUUUAUCUGUUUUCUCACUCAUAAUCUGACCCAGCUAUCGGCAUGUGAUAAAGCAGUGAAGCCAGACACAUUAUGGCACGGUAGUGAGACUCUUUCAGCUUUCUUGCGGUGGCCUGAGUAGAACAUUUGGAAGCAGAGGAUCGUUAGCACUUCUUCAGGCAGCUCUGUAGAUUUUUUUUAUUGGCUUGUAGCUCUGGCUCCAUUAAUGAGGAGGUGGCAAAGUAUACUCUCGUAUUGGUACAAAAGUUUACAUUGACUUUAAAGACACUCUUUGAGAACUCUUCUUCUUUCUUCUUUUCUAGGGUGUUACGUGCCAAAACCAGUUCUGAUUAUGAGGCACGCCGUAGUGGAGGGCUCCGGAUUAAUUUCGACCACCUGGGGUUCUUUAACGUGCACUACAACGCAAGCACACGGGCGUUUCGCCUUGGUGGCAUAGUGGCUAUGGCAUUGCUAAGCUCAAGGGCGCGGGAUCGGAUCCUGGCAGAGGUGGCCACAUUUCGAUGGAAGUGAAAUUAAAAAAUGCCUGUGUACCGUGCAUUGGGUGCACCCCAGGUGGUUGAAAUUAAUUCGGAGUUCCCCACUACAGUGCGCCUUAUAAUCAUAUUGUGGUUUUAGCAUGUAAAACCCCAGAAUUUUUUUUUCUUUGAGAUGCAGACCUUGGUAAUCUGCCCACCUUACUUGGCAUUCAAGUGAACACUAGCACAUUGAGUUCAUAGAUAAUAAAUUAAGGUUCUCAUACUGUUGACUAAUAAUAGAAUUUAGCUUAUAGGUCUACUGUAGUUCAUUUUUAUGUCUGUCGUUUUAUUUCAAAUAAAGUGACUACGGUGUAAGGAGGAUUUAGUGUACUUUGUGGUUGUAGGCGAGAUCACUGCUUUUAAUCGUUGGCAUCACCCGACCAAUCUCAUGUGCCUUUCAUAUGUCAUUGAGCUUUUUGACCAGUUGUUAGGCUUCAGUUCGCAUGUAAACAUUCAGUCCUACAAGUAUUCGUUUUCAAAUGGUACAGGAUUGAGUCAAUACAAUUGCAAAUGUGUAAAGUGUAGCUGACUAGAAAACAUUGUUCUAUUUAGACGCACCACUCAUUUUGACCAUUUUAGUGCAAACAGCGGUUAUGAGCUCGUGAAUAGGCUGAACAUAUCCAUCCAUUCACAAGAAUUUUGAGCUUUUGUUAUACAACAUAGGAAAAAAAUAAUGCAGAUACGACGCACAUCUUGGAAGCUUUCGUGAAGCAGCGACUCAAAUGCUAUAAAUUUGUCACUUUCAUUCGUGCGUCUUUGGUGUAAAGGAAACUUGCGUGCUUGCAUGUGCUCCUGCACAGCCUUGUUAUGCCAUGUGAAACACGCGGCAAUCAUCUCAAAGGGCUAGUUGGCAUUCGCACGAUAGAAGUAUGUGUCUGAUUGUGGCCUAAUGGUUAGAGCAUACGGAUGCUGUACUGGGAGACCGAGAUUCGAUCCGACCAUCGAGCAUGUAAUUUUUUUUUUUAUGUGCAAGUUAUUCAGCAAGACAGCAGCAGCAGCCACAAUGAUAAAAUUGCGGGAGGGUUCGCAAAGAAAACUUCGCUUUAAAAAUUGUGGGGUGGGGAAUCGAACCAUGCACUUAUGCGUAUUCAAGCCAAAUGUCUCACCCACUACUCCACGCCUGCUUUCUACUGCAAUCAACCACUAUAUAAGCUAGGAAAUGGGAUGAGCAUGUCCAUCCCGGCCUGUCGAUGCACAGUAGGAAAGAAAAUUGCUUUAGCAUGGUGGGUGCGAGGCCAGAGAUGAGCAUAGAAAGCUUCGUGCUGGUUCUCGUCCGGUGCAGUAUGAAACCAUGGAAAGAUAAAAUGCUCACUGUCAGAGUUGAGCAUGGAUAGUCACAGCUGGAGUUUUUACUUGACCGAACGAGGUUGAAAAGGUAGAAGCUUGAGAAGAAGCAGCCAGGUUUCAGAUGUGUGCUCUUCAAAAAUGCCAGGCAGAAGAUGGUGCAGCAGCUCGAAAGAAGCGAAUUGGCAAAGGAAAAGAACCGCAAGAGAACUCAUAACUGCCGUUAGCAGUAUUUGAGUCUUUCGCAUGGGGCAAGCUCAGUGACAUGUACUCCUGGGAAGGGUGAUAUUACAGUUUUGUGAUGCUUUAAUAUAGCGAGCUGGUACUGCUGUACUGUUAGCACACUACAGCCAGCUGCAUUAUGUAAAUGUGAUUGCAAAAUAUAGGAAAAUGUUUUCAUUCCGCUGUUGUUUAUGCCAUAGGUAGAAUCUGCAUACUGUCAAUCUUCAGAUGCGGAGUUUUUAUUAGGUCUCUUGCAGAGAAGCGGUGCGUUAUAUUGAAAGGCAUGUAGAAAUAAAGAAAAUGUUUCAUUGAAUGUCA